AUGUCGAAGAGUGUGCCAACAUUAUCGUAUAUAUCACUUAUGCCAAACUGCUUCGAACUCUUUAUUAAGCAGAUCUCUUACGCCGUACUUUCUCUCUCGCCCACAGAAACCAGAAAGGACAAGACUGAUGCACCAUACGGUGGCAAUGGCGCGGCGCUAUCACCCAAUACCGAACAGCCAUCAGGUCAGAGUUCGUUGCUGCCACCACCCGGCGGUGGCAAUGGCGGCGCGCAAUCAAAUCACAACCACSUGACACACGUCACUGGUGGCGUUGGCGUUGGCGGUGGCGGGAAUGGUGGCAACAGCGGCGGUCGUGAUCAGYAUGACGGCGCUCCACGCACGCAGAAUUCCAAAUUGGAACGCCCCAAUACGCUCGGCACCGGCAAGGUGUCACGUCGCGUAAACAUUUGUUAUCAUAAUGAGCAUUAUCCCGAUGGCGGCGCUGCAGUGAACAAUGUAAUCGGCGGACCGCCCGGCAGCACACCGCCACCGUACACGGCCGAUGGUAAAAUGACGAAUGACCGCCAAGGUGGCGGUGGCGGCGGAGGCGGCAGCGGCAAUGUGGGGGCUGGCGGUGUUAUGCUCUCCGAGUUGCCAGAACCACCGAUACCAGUGUCCGAGAUUGGUCCAAUCCCACCGCCGCCCAUGUUCUCAACACCGAGUCCAACAUUGAUAGCUGGGCGCGCUCAUGGGCCGGGUGCGAUGAAUGAUCAAGGUUAUCAGGAUUAUGAUUAUGACGAUCAAGAGCCUGACGACGACCAGCUAGACUCGGAUGAGGAGUAUAUGUUCCAGUUGCGGCAGCAACAACAAUCAUUACAUCCCAAUCAUGUCGAUACACAGCGCGUUGAGGAAAUUCCAGCCAAAGAGCCAAAACCAAAUGCAGUUCCUCUCAAGUCGGCGCUGAAGAAGAAGCCCGGCCAAACGUCCACCUCAUCGCCGGCCACGCCCACACAGGACCACAGCAAUGCCAAUGGCAAUGUGCAGCAAGGUGGUGGCGGCGGCGGUCCAGCAACAUCGGCCAGUCAGCGCCCGCUGGUGGUGCGUCAAGACGCAACAAACAGUUAUUCGCUCAAGCCAAUACUACGACCACGGAUUAGAAUAUG